AUGGGCGGUAGUCCCUUGAGAUCAUCAUUGGUUUUUGUUCAGAGCAAUGGCCUCCUCCCCCGACCACAACCACACCCUGAACGGCGAUUCCAACACCCACGCCUCCAAAAAGCCCAAACUCUCCUUCAUCACCCCUCCGAAAUCGCCGCCGAAUUCUCCCACCACGACCCCACCGUCGCCCGAAUCAACAACGGCAGCUUCGGGUCCUACCCCGACUCCGUCCUCCAGGCCCAGCGCCGCUGGCAGCUCAAGUACCUCUCCCAGCCCGAUCACUUCUACUUCAACCACCUCCAAGCCGGCAUCCUCCACUCCCGCACCCUCAUCAAGGACCUCAUCAACGCCGACCACGUCGACGAGGUCUCCAUCGUCGACAACGCCACCACCGCCGCCGCCAUCGUCCUCCAGCAGGAUGCCUGGGGCUUCUCCGAGAGCAAGUUCGAGCAGGGCGACGCAGUCGUCAUGCUCCACUACGCCUACGGCGCCGUCAAGAAGUCGAUUGAGGCCUACAUCACUCGCGCCGGCGGGCACGUCAUUGAGGAGUCUGAAUCUGUAGCAUUGUGUGUUGAAUUGUGUAGCUCAACAGAAGUACUCUGUCUAGACUUUAUCAAAUGUGACUUUAUCAAAGUUCUUGAUCGGUUUACCUUGGCCAUUUCCUACUGUCUAGACUUUAUCAAAUGGGAUGUUAUAUUUGAUGCGGAGUAUCCGAUGUCUGCACCCGAUAUUAUAUUCGGACCUGAAGAUGAAAGUUUUCAGCAGUUUCUUGUAUUGCAUGGUGAAGAUCCGAAGUCUCCCAUGAACCGUUUGGGUGGUUGGGAUAGCAGAGACCCUACGCAGCUCAUGCUUCUCGUUCAAGAACUGAGAGAUCAAUACAUGGCCUACCGGAUGAAGCGUGUUGGAGAGGUUCAAGAUGACCGCGUGAAAUUUGAAAUUAGCACAAUUGCUUUUCGGGAGGUAAUGUUUCAAUUCAAUAUUGUUUGUCUUGCAGACUGUGAGAACUUUAAAUUUAUAUACCGAGUGCGAGGGGAUGCACUAAGAAGUCUUCUUUUGUGCAUGGCUGAAUAUCUCCCCCCUCUUGAAGAGACUCUUGAAAAACAGGUUUUGGAGGCAGUUUCCUUAAUUGAUGUUAGAAGGCGCUUUAUUGAGGCAUUAGCCGUUCAGUUUGGAAGACCAGUGGAAGCUGAUCCGAUCUUUUGCAGAAAGGCAACGUUUCUAGCUGCUUCUGGAGUUUUCACAUUUCUGGUUCAUUUAACAAUUACAACUCAGUUUCCAAAGCAACCGCCAGCUAUAGUGCUUCAAAGUUCCCAGGCAAGGAUAUUCUCCUCCCAACCUGUAGAUUAUUUAGUAUCAUUGUCAAACCUUAGAUAUAUAGGUAGUCAGUGUUGUCUGCUUCAGACCAAAGGUUAAAGGUCUAUCUGCUACUGUACAUAUACAUAUUGUAAAAUUAAUAUUCUUGGUAUCUUUUAUCUCAUGCAUCAAGUGCCCGUGUAUGAAUAUUUUUACCAGCUUUGAGUUA